GUUUUCGCAGCGCGUAGUAUCGUUGGUGCUUGACACUUGUAUGCCUGAGUUUUUGAUAGGAAGGAGAAAAUACGCGAGUUCCUAAAUUAAUGAUUUUCGAUCAAUUCGAACAUUUCAUUCAUCUGAAGUGAUAUGUGAAAGUUGUCGGGCUACAUUAAUCAUUUUUCAACGUGUUAACAAGACAUUUUACGUGUCUUUAUUUUCUAACCUAUAAUAAUAGAUAUGUAUAUCUAGUUGUGUUUAAUUAAAUAGUAUUAGAAAAAGAUGACAUCUUCCCAAACGACGGAGUUAACCGAGGAAUUGGUUAAAGACUAUGCGAAUUAUGCAAAAGUGGACUGGAGUAAUCAAAUGAAAAAUGUUCGCGAUGUCAUAGAGGAUACAUUGAUACGACUGGAGGAAUUCCAAUCGAUUGUUGCAAUGGUAGAGAAUAGCAGUGCUGAAUGCAUGCAGCAACAUCUUCCAAAGUUACAGCAAAUGAAGGAUGGUAUGGCAAUUCUUCGCAAUAGGAUAGAUGCACUGGAGCACAUUGUUGCAAUGGCAAACAUGAAUUUAAGUACGUUGGAAGCUGCUGUAGACAAGGCAGAAGCUGAUCUAGGUGUAUCAGAUAGAUUAUUCGGGAUAUUGAAUCCUCUAUCAUUUUUUAAGAAAACUCAUGAACCAGUUGCGUCAAGUACAACAUCAGUAUAUAAAUCACCCGUAAUUUAUAAAUCUGAUGACUACUUUCAAAGAGAAUAAAAAAUAUGUACAUAAAAAGAGGUUUAGGUUA